AUGGGAAACUCGCAAGGGAAACCAGUGGCAGCCAGCGAUGAGGUGAAUCUAAACCAAUUUCGUCUUCUCCGGGUGGUGGGAAAAGGCGCUUUCGGCAAGGUUCGCAUCGUGGAAAAGAAAGAUACUGGGUUGACAUUCGCUCUCAAGUACAUUCGAAAAGAAGAAGUGGUACGGUCGGAGAGCGUCCGGAAUAUCAUUCGGGAACGACGCAUGCUCGAGCACCUGAACCAUCCUUUCCUAUGCAACCUCCGGUACAGUUUCCAGGAUAUUGAAUAUAUUUACAUUGUGGUCGACUUGAUGAACGGUGGUGAUCUGCGGUUUCACAUCUCGAGAAAAUGCUUUACGGAGGAGGCAGUACGUUUUUGGAUGGCCGAACUUGGCUGUGCUUUGAGAUACAUCCAUUCGCAAGGCAUCAUCCAUCGGGAUGUGAAGCCGGACAAUGUGUUGCUGGAUUCUGAAGGGCAUGUGCAUUUGGCGGACUUUAAUGUCGCAUCGGAUUUUCGACCCGGCAAGCCUCUCACCAGCAAGUCUGGAACCUUGGCCUAUUUGGCGCCUGAGGUGUACGAAGGAGGUGGAUACUACUGCGAAGUGGAUUGGUGGUCGUUAGGCGUCACUUUCUACGAAUGCAUCUAUAACAAGCGACCGUUCGAAGGCCGCAGCCAGGACGUUCUCAGCGAAAAUAUCAAAAAAGCCCAACCCAAAUAUUUUGUCACCAACCCGGCGGUUUCUGUCCCAUGUCUACGAGCCAUGUCUGCGUUGAUGGAGAAGGAUCGAAGCAAACGGAUUGGAGCGACCGGUUUCGACACUUUCACCUCGCAUAUGUUCUUUGCAGAACUCGACUUUGUGGCUUUAGAACGCAAAGAAAUCCCGCCUGUUUUCACACCGUCCAGCGAUAAGACCAACUUUGACGCUACCUACGACUUGGAGGAGCUGCUCCUCGAAGAGGCACCGCUGGAGGCUCGGGCGCGAAGGCAGAAACCCCGAGCCGAGUUGAGAGAGGACGCGACGGCCAAGGAGAUCAGGGAAGAUGAGCUGCACCGUUUGAUCGAAACCAUGUUCGAACCCUUCGAUUACACCAUUGUUACAUAUCAAGGGUAUGUUCUGGAAAAGGAUGGCGGUUGUCCAGAGGUACGACUAACGAAUCCCAGCAACGCUGCGGAAGCGAUCGCAGCAGCAGUACAAAAUCCGGAAGAAUGUCUCCCGACCGCUGGAUCGUCAACGCACUCUCGCCAUUACUCACAGCACGAUACAUCGAGGAAUUCACCCGUCUCGCGCACCGAGGGAUCCGUCGGUCAUUUAACCCAACCCGACAAUAUGAGUCACACUGAGGGCGUCCACGAGUCUCCAGAGCAUGCGUCAGCCCCAUCUUCCACGCCUCCGCCGCCUCCACCACCUGCCCCAUCCUUUUCGCGGCCGCUUCCCCCUCAGAAUCCCAAUCGCCCUCGUGGAGCCACGCGGAAGACAAGUAAAGGCGGAGGAGUCCAAAUGGUCCUGGAGGAAGCGGGCAGUUGGAGUGAACUGGCAGACCAGAGCUCCACACUACCCGCUGAGGGAUACGAUAGUGCGUCGAUCAAGGGCAAGUCAUCCAACAGCGGCAUGCUUGCAUUUUUGAGCCGCAAGAAGGGCCGCGAUAGGAGCCCCAAGCCUCAGGAACCGGGUGUUCUAGGCAAAGAGGGGGCUCGACAGAUUAUCAGUUAA